AUGGCCGAGUCGCCGAACCCCAUUGCAUUAUGGAUCAAUACGGGGACGGAGCACAUCGAGCAAGCGCAGAAGCGAGAUGCGAAAAUCAAAGCCUCAGCAGCAGUACCGCAAUCCAACGACGAUGUCGCAGAGCCAUUGAAGAUACCUGGGGUGGCCUAUCACGAGAUCAACUUCAACGGCUCAUCCUUCUCGCGCAUGCUCAUGUCAAAGCUAUCUUGGCGGGAGUUCCUCAAGCUGGUCGGGCUCAUGGCAGCCGGCUACCGCAAAGACGCUAUCAAGAUUCUCGCGCCGCACAUGGAAGAGAUGGGCCUCGUAGGCCUUGCUACCGAGUCCUUGGACGUGUGCACGUCCGAGGUGAAGAAGGUGUUCGAUGUGCUAGCAAAAGGAGAGAAUUGGCCUGUCCUAGUGCAUUGCACACAGGGCAAAGAUCGGACGGGGUUAAUCGUCAUGCUCCUACUUUUCCUGCUCGACGUCGACGUCGCAGCGAUUCAGAAGGAUUACCUGUUGUCUGGACCAGAGCUGGAAGCAGAGAAGCCGGAGCGUAUAAAGGAGAUUGCAAGCAUUGGCUUGUCGGAACAGUUUGCAUCAUGUGCACCCGACGUAGUACCCAAAGUGCAUGCCCAUCUUGAGGAGAAAUACGGCGGGGUCGAGGCGUACCUGCUCUCCGCCGGAAUCACCAAGGAGCAGUUAGCUAGCAUCAAGCGCACGCUACACGGCGACAUGUGA